GACGGCUGUGCGCGCGGACCGGCGCCAUGGCGUCGCCCCCGCUGGCGGCCGGGAGCGGCGGCGAGGGGAGCUCGGGCUCGGCGGGGCCGGAUCCGUCCGAUCAGCAGCUGUCCACCUUGUUCGAGCAGGCGGCCGAACGCCUGCCCGCCCUGCUGCCCAGCGCCAGCAAGGAGCAGCUGCUGUACCUGUACGCUCGCUACAAGCAGGUGAAAUUUGGAACCUGUAACACUCCAAAGCCAAGUUUCUUUGAUUUUGAGGGGAAGCAGAAAUGGGAAGCUUGGAAAGCCCUGGGAGACACCAGUCCUCAUCAGGCUAUGCAGGAGUACAUUGCUACAGUGAAAAAACUGGACCCCAACUGGAAUCCACAGACGACAGAGAAGAGGGGGAAAGAAAGCAAAACUGCGUUUGGAGGCCCUGUUGUCAGCUCGUUGUAUCAAGAAGAAACAAUCAGGGAAGAGGACAAGAACAUUUUUGAUUACUGCAGAGAAAACAACAUUGACUACGUAACCAAAGCCAUUCAAUCGAAAAAAGUGGAUGUGAAUGUUGCAGAUGAGGAGGGCAGGGCUCUGCUCCACUGGGCAUGCGACAGAGGACACAAGGAGCUCGUUUCAGCACUGUUACAGCACGCUGCUGACAUUAACAGCCAGCAUUACACAGGAGAAUGCUCAGAAGUGUCUGAGCUGAAGGGGCAGCAGCGUAACGCACCAGGCUGGGAGCUGCCCUGGUUCAGCUGCAGCUCAACAAGUGGUUCCUUCUGGCCAGGAAGCUGGAAGCUCCCCGCACUCACAACUCAACGCUCCUAGUUUUGUCAGCUGGCUGUAAUGAAGGGCUGCCCUGUGUAAUUGUGAUUGUGUUCGGAAAUAAUCGUUCAACAUAUUUCUGUCAGAUGAUGAUUGACUGCUCUUUACCAGCGUGGCUUUUAUAGGCGUUGUUCUCCUGCCCAGUUUGGACAGAGAUGCUCUCCUUUUGACAACUUUGCAAGCUCUUUGCAGCAAGAUGGUUUCAUCAGCCUUGCAGAAGGUGCUGUGGGAAUUUGUGCAAAGUGGACCUUCUCCACACUCGUGGCAUGGCAUGCCCCAUUGUCAGCCCAGAGCCCCCCUUCCAGCAAGUUAGCAGGCAGCGUGUCAGAUGCAUCGGGGGAGAGCUUCCCUUUGAAAUGAGAUGGAGGUGGGGCCCACCACCUGCCCGUCCCCCUUAACCUGACAGCCUGGGAGGUGCUUCUGUUUGAAAUGCUGUACUGCAUCAGCACGCAGGGAAUUCAUUUUUUGGAUAACUAUCUCAUUUCUUUGGAGGUAAAGUCUGACUCCUAGAAGAAAAGGCUGAGGGGAGAAUUGUCUUAUUUUUCUCCAAACUUCAAUUUUCUGUUAAAUUCUUUCCAUUCUUUUUUCUUGAUGUAUUGCACGUUUUCUAACCAGUUUAUUUUUGGCCAGUAACAAAAGGUUAAUAGUGGCCAUAAAAAGAAAAUCAAUCUUUGACUUUUUUUUUACACCAAAGUAAUAAAGGAGAAUUUUUAUAAAGGUCCUGCAUUGCACGUAGGUGUGUUCCCAGGGAAGGCAGGCGCGUUUUAAUUCUCAGCCAUACGUAAGUUGCAAUAACAUUUUGAGACUUCAUGACCUAAUGUUUAUUUCUUCUUUAUUUUGACCUUUACUCUCUGAGAAUUCACACCCCCAGAAGAACCAGAAAGAGUUUUUGAAGAGUAACCUGAAGAAGAAAGGGAGAGGGAAAAAAUGUGGCUUCCUAAGCAGCCAUAAACACUGCAGUGUCUGCUAUUACACAUUACCAAUUGCACUGUCAGUUAAUGUGUGGGCUAUGAAGAACCAUGGGAUAGGUGUAUGGGGAUCUCUGGUGACUUGAAACUGUAGUGCCAUUAUUCCAGCCUGCACAUAUGCCUUGCUCACUCUUUACUGCCUUAUUUUAGUUCACCCGUAGCAAUGCUUACCUUGUGGAAGCACUUGAAACCUCUGGAUCUGGAUCUAUUACUCUUUGUUGUUAAACAGGCAGCUUGGAGGAGAGCUUGCCUGGCUCCACUCAUUCUCAUAGCAUGCUCCAAACAGCCCCGAUUCUGGGAACAGCCACACUGUCCUGGACUGCAGUGAUGGAGUGCGGUGUUUUUUGCUUUAAAUGGUGGUACUGCAGCUUCAGAAGGGCGUUUCAUUAAUGUCAUCGAAAAGCUGCAGCCAUUGAGUUCUCUGAUUGUUCAUAAUUAGCUCUAAUAGCACAUUUGACAAGCGGUAACCGAUUGCCAUGGGCAAAGGGAUACAGAAAGGCAACAGGCUUCUCUUCACGUUGAAAAGGGACGUUUAUGCAAUUGAAUUACCUAAAUCUUCGGAGCCAGAGGCCAUUUCCAAGUGGGUGGUGUUAUGGUGUUUUGGAGCCCUGCUGGAAAUACCCAGAGCUAGGGAUCAGGCUGAAAACAGCCUCCUGCUGCUGCAGCUCUGCUUGCUUAAAAUGUAGGCUUUUAAUUGAGUGGUGAAGGGAGGGGAAGGGGAGCAUAUUCAUAAUGCAGUAGUUACAAAGCAGCUCAGACAGCAUGAUUGUAAUAUCAAUUUCUAGCUUUAAAAUAUAUGAAGACAUGAAUAAGUUUCCCUUGCAGAAGGUCAAGCGACAAAGGAAAACCUUUUUACACUGUCAAAGCGUCAGUUGUGACAAUUUUUCCUACAGCAUUUGCCCUGGCCUUGGAAAGGAGGUUUCAAAGCAGGGGGCAUUGGAUGCUGGGUGCACAGAAUUGCACCCCAGCUUUGUGCUGCCAUGCAGCUGUGCAUCCUCUGUGUUCCCUGUGCUUUCAGAAGGAUGAAGGGCAUCAUAGUCUAAUAACUGUCCAUUGAGAGGAAGAACAGCAAGUAGUAUCUUGUAACACCAAAGCAGUAAACUUGAGACUUGCCCCAGCCUUGCUGUCUCUGCACAUCAUUGUGCAGUUCACGUCAUCAGCUUAUCAACAUUAUACUUACAUAUAGAAAAUAGCACUGUAAUUUGGCUACUUUGGUCACGAUCCAAGUUCUAACUGACCUGUUUGCUUUGUUUGCUGACCUUUCAGUUCCUCAGUAAAGGCACAGGUCACUGUACGAAGAUUUCACACCUGUUGUCAGUAAGUUUUCCAGUCACCCCUGGGCCCUCAGGGCCUUGGGAAGGAAACUUGAGAACCGCAGCUGGAAAUCACCAGGUUGGGAAGUUUGUUGCCAAUAGGAGUGAGUUUUACUUUGUUCAUUUGUACGCACCUGUAACUUCACUGAAAGUCAUUAAGCAUCCCGCACUGUCUGCAGUGAAGGCUGGUUGCUCUCUCUCAUACCUGUGUGAACGUUACAUCUGUGUGCUGAACUAAUUCACACCAGGCAGCUCAGCUGUCUGAAGUCUAUUUUGUUUCCUUUAAGAGUAGCACAAGAAGUGUGGCUGCUUCCCCAGCCUAUCUUUUCUCCUAGUCCCCUGCCAAAAGCCCCAGCAGGCAGCAGCUCUCCAUCUGCAUGCCAGCAUGCUUUUGAGUCAUAGGACUUCUGGAGCCUGGGAUGGGGAGUAGCAGUCCCCUCAUAAUACCUUCACGUCCUCAUUGGGGAAAAAGAAAAUAAUCUUUUCAAAUGGAGACAAUACAAACAUAAUAAAUGGCAGGGAGGGUUCAUCUCCCUCAUGACUCAAUCCUUCUCAAACAACAUUAUUAUUGACUGGCCUAUUGGUUGCCAAAAAAGAAAAUCAAUUGUACUAGAGGUGGUUGCUGUGCCACAGAUCAUGGUACUAACCCAGCAGAGACAGGUUGAUUUUUAUCAACUGAGCCCAAAGACUAAUUUCCACCAUUAGCUAAAAAUGAAGUAGGAAUUACGGAUGUGUUGAAGAUUGCUAAGAUUGGUGGCCAGUUGGUUUUGUUUGCAAGGCCUUUGCGUUUUCCUGUCUGACUCUUGAAUGAUUGCAUGUAUAGAGUAAAAAGAAGCCAGAAAAAGUCUGCAUGUCACUGCCUGCUUGUUUUCUUUUUAACUGCAUUUAUUCAGAUUUCACAGCAAAAAGGGGAACUACAUCAGCGUGGGCCUCAUGUUGGAGGUGCAGUGCAGACAAAGCAGUAGCCAGCUAGCGUGCAUCCAUCCCUUCCCUGCCUAUUUCUCUGUAUCUGAGAGAGGUGUUGAGGAGAUCAGCAUAGGCAUCCUGGUGGUUCUUUAUCAAGAGACACAGGUCCCAGGCUGCACUUUCACAGCUUUCCACUCCCCAUGGAAUGUGUGCAUGCCUGUGUAGCCCACCAGCUUUCCUGCAAGCCCAUCUGUGCAAAUGCACCUAUAGACGAAAUGCCAGCCAUCAAAAUACUCCACUGUUAGGACCAUUCUAACCUUGUCAAAAUAAAAAUACCCGAGCUGUGAGCGCUUUCAUUUAAUGUCCCAAUAUAAAUUUCCCCCUAAAUAUGCUGAAAGCUUAGCUAAUAAAAGCAUGAGGACCCUCUCCUGGAUCUGCAGAUUGCUGCAGAGGUUUGGCAUAGUUAUGCUCCCAGCAAGCAAAUACUGCAGGUUCUGCUGACCUGACCAUUGCUGCAGUGGGAAGGCACAAUGGCAAACAGAUGAAGAAACUAAACAAAGAUGAAAGGCAAAGCAAUGGGUAAUGAGAGCAGAAUUAUUAACCACGAUAGUUUUCUUCUUUCCUUACAGCCCCCAGUCCCUAUCUCAAUAUUUCUGUAGUCAGCUUUGCCAAGGAGAUCUCAGAAGACUGCAGGCUUAUACCCCUUCAGUCUUGACAUUGUUGCCAAUGGGUGUGAAAUCCAUUAGCCAAAAGAAAGGAAAGAUCUGCUUAGUGACAGAGGGUAGCUUUCUACAUUAAAGCAUUGACAUGGUGCCAGUCACACAGUUAUUAGAAGUGGCACAGCUCCAUGUCUCUCCUGCAGGUCUCUCUGUGGAAUGUAGAUUGGCAGCAGGUUGAAUGUUAAAUGGUCACCACUCAGCAGAUGCUGAUUUUACCUACUGGGAGAAAAGUCCCUUUCAGCAGAAGCAUUUGCAAAAUAUUUGCAGCUCUAAAUAUAUGCUGAGGGAUGCAGAGACUUAUCCCUGGGUUGCUCUUCAGCUUCUGAAGACACCUCAGGUCUCAGCAGCACAAGCUGUGUAUUAUAAGGACAAGAAGAAGUUUCCUUCUGCCUGUGCAUGCCGAUUUUUUGUUGCAUUGUCUCUUCACAUCUUCCAGCUUGACAUGUACAGCCUUUGUUUCUUCUGCUCCCUGUAGACAUAUGAAUCAUUGCUUCACUGCUGGUGCAGCAAAGCAGUUGGCACCUCUGCUCAGGCAGCGCGUGCAGCACUGCCUGCAAAGCAGGCUGAGACAACUGAGUGCUUCUGUGUUAUUCGAGUGGUCAUUUCAGGACCCACGCAGCCCUUUCAACCUCUCCAUGCAAUACAAGCAUUUGAAAAAGUGAAAUCCAAGAGCCAGCCCUGAAGAGCCAGCAGUAGACCCCACUGUUACACCCUCAAAAUCUAAAGCUGCUCUCAGGGUAAUCAGAAUGUCAGAAUGCAGGGAUUAAAUCCAAGGACCGGGUUUCUGUGAGUCCCUGUGAGGUUGUGUGGCACAUGGGCAUCACCUUGUUCCUUCAUAGGGGCAGGGCGAGCACUGGCAUGCGAUGGCCGCAACCUCUGGGAGCGCCCACAGGGACAGCCAGCAGCAGCUGGCUGUUAGGUGGACAUGCAUAGCACUAUGUUGGCUGGCAUGCUGUGUUGCAGAGCUGGAAGAGAGGUCUUAUUCCUUACUGUAUCUGUCUUUGCAGAUGCAGGAAUCAGCCUUACCUCAAAUGCCUCCCUGGGAGGACGUGGGAUGGUCCCAAGCCCCUUUGUCCCAAGGUCAUCUUUGACAUAAGCACAUGUUUAAGUCCCUGUAAUUUGUGAAGGCAUUGUUGGAAAUGCUUUAGCCCCUCAUUAAGGUAUUUGGUUAGCUGCACAAACAGGAUACCACUGGCAACCAAGCUGGUUUUUCAGGUGGACGCAUCACAUUGGAAUGGUCUGCAGCCUUGCUUCAUUUCCUAUAUCCCAGGCAUUGGGCUUUAUUGGAGAAACAACCUUUGCCAAGCAACCAGCUACUCUUUGCUUAGGAGAGGUAGUUCCUGGAGCAUUUGCAUUCAGCUUUCCCUGUUCUGAAGGAGCUAAAUUCCACCAGUGACCUUCUUCCUAAGGACUUUUCAGUAUGAGAAAGUCUGAUCUUGCUUCCCAAUGGAAUUCUGUACUCAUGCAUUGUCAGUUGUCUUUUCCUGUUUGGAAAACAAAUGCUGAGCUCAUUGUUGGGACAUCUUGAAUUUGCUGGCUUUGAUGCAAAGAACUUCUGCUAGUUUUUCUAAAAAAGAUGGACUUCCUUCCAGUACUUUGAAUGCCAGGACAGUAAUUUUUUUUCAUGUUUUUUUUAAUAAAGAUUUUAAGUUAGAUUUUGACUAAUUCACUCAUACCUGUUGCUUGGCUUCGUGGGUUGUAAGUGACAAAACAGAACUCAAAAUGGCAAAGCUCAUUUAGGAGAUCCCUAUCCCUUGAUUUUUAUAUUUCUUUUCCGCAGCAGCUGUCAGUGCAGGACUCCUAGCUCAGUAGCAUGUCUCCAGCAGUAGGAAUAGUGAAUGCUAAGCAGACAGAACAGGGUAAGCAGAAGGUAUUUUUUAAUGUAUUUACCUGAAGUCUGCGGCUUGGAGGCUCCUGAAUCAAUUCCGGUUUUUCUAGAUUUUUCUUUGAUAAGUUUCUCUCCCACCUCUUUGGAUCCAAAUCUUCUAUGCCAGGUGUAGCGCUGUGGCUUAGCUGUGCAUUUGCUUCCACUUGCCACAAGUAUUUCACGUGAUAGCCCAUCAUUCUGGUGUCAUGAGAAACAGUAAUUGUUUCCCCCCUUGCCUUUUCUGUUCUGUUGUUGACUUCAUCAGCCUCCUCGAGCCCUCUUAAUCACAUUUUUCAGAUUGAGAAGUUUAAUUGCAAAUUACUCAUUUAGUUGUACCCCUCUUGGAAGCUGUCUAGUAAUGUUACACCUCUAUAAUGCUAUAAUAUAGGAUGGAAAAUACCAUGAUAAUAGCAGGGUGGCAAAGUCUUUGACUACACCAAAUGAGAACAAGCCCAAGUGCAGCAGCCACAGAUGUAGACACGAAGGAAAAGAGCUGCUUACCUUCAGAAGGCCCCAGCUAAGCAGGAAUCUUCAAAGGGAAACACCCUCACCUCCACUGCCAACCCUUAAAUGAGGUCUGGGAAGAGGUGGAUCCUGGCUCCAGCCCUUCUGGUCACUUAGGUUCACUGCACACACCUGAGCUCCCCUGGGUUGGCCCUGCCUUCCACCAGGUGCUCAGUCGCUGCCUCAAGCUCUGACUCAGCAUUUCUGGUACAACCUCCUAGAAUUAUUUCUAGUUCUUCCAUAGAAUCAUUAAGGUUGGAAUAGGCCAGUGAGAUCAUCUAGUCCAACCAUCAAUUCAUCUGUGUUUUCUUUCAGAUGUUGCUCUCUCUGUUACCCAGCUGUAAUGCAGUACGAAAUUUCACAAAGCAAUGUAAUGGUGCUUUCUUACUCCUCCUCUUUCUAUUAGUGCCUUCUUUUUGUUUAUUAACUACCUGAACACAGAGCUGGUGGUACCAUAGACAGCCCGCACAAAUCCCUUGGAACGACCACCAGCAAUUGCGUGCGUUCAUCUUUUAUUCCUAUUCAGCCUUUACCCCUGCAAUCAGCUCAGCUUGGCUGGAAUUGAUCACCCUGUCCUAAGGAAGGUUUCUCACCAAAUGAAGGCCUGAGCACAGGUGAAGCUGGAAGGUGCUUUGAAGCUUUCUGCUGCAUUUGUUCUCGGGUCAGGACCUGGCUAUCUGCAAGCUGAGUUCCAAAGCUUGAGAAAUUGGUAAACUUCCAUCAUCUAAAUCUGUUUCUCCUGUUCCAGCCAAUUAAACAUUAAAAUGAGCGUGACAAAUAAGUGUUCAUUUCUGGGUCAAUAACUCCGUAGUAUGUCUGUGACAUGACUGGCUGAGACAAUCCAUUUCAGUACAGUCCUGGGCAACCUGACAUCUUCAAGUAUGUAAUUGCUUUUAUACAGAAAGAGAAGUAAUAAGGAUAAUGUAGCUAUCAGGCCUCGACUCACCAGUUCAAAAACUUCCCCUUGCCAAUCAAAUUUCUUUGAUAUUCAACCCGUUUUAGUCUCGUUCCAAAGGCAUUCUUGUGCUGUCAGAAAAUAUCCUAAUUGAUAGAUGCAUUUUCUCCAGUGUUAGAUGUUACCUCCUUGAAGAUGCUCAGCUUUGUCCACCAGCCAAUUAACCAUCUGUAGGAAGAGUGCUUAGCACACGCUUCGUGGCACUAGGCAGGGUUGCCUCGUCCCUCCCCGUUCCCCUUCCCCUAUUAUAUAUAUAUUUUCUCAGCACUAUUAGAUUAUUAAAUGCUUAAUGACUAUUCCAUUCCUGCUAACUAUACUUUUGAUGAGCUGCAGCAAUAAAACUUUGGAACGGCAAAGUGCGUGUCUGGUUCCUUUAUAGGAAGGGCACAUUUGGGGAGCUGAAGUAAUGGGGGAUAAAACUCAAUUAAUGAAUAGAAAUAAAAAGAAGUAAAUGAGGUAAUCAAACUCAGAGAAAUUAGUAUUGGCAGGUUCUGAGUGAUGCUUUUGGAUGAACAAUCUUUCAGAAUCCUUCCUUGUAUGCUGCUGCCGUCUCUUUAUUUAUUAUUAAAAUAACAUGAUCCAUGAGGCGCUCGGGGUGACUCCCAGCCUAGCUAAUUCUAAUUAAUCCAGUCAGGGAGAGCAGCAGGGUAAGUGGAGCAGUCUAUCGGAUUGAAAUUCAUAACUUAAUUGAGGUCAAAGUCCCGGGUUGGGAGAACAAAAGUCUUUCGCUGGGACCAGGCAGAUCAAUAGCAAUAAAUAUCUGGCUUGGAUACAAGGAGCUUAUAGUGACGGAUUAUCUGACACUGGUCAGAGGUCUUGGUCUUGUUAAGGGCAGCGUCCUGUGGCAUGUACGGGAUAGGGUGACUUUCAUCAGCGUUCCUCCAAAACCCUGAGGAGCCCAUAAAGGGCUCGUGGGAGCCAGAGCAGGAGGAAGCCCAUAAAGAAGCCCACAUGAGUCAUGCUGGUGCUUGGAUUCGGUUCCUCCAGGUACGGGUCUCUCGGAAGAGGCACAAGGGCACGCGUCACAUUAGUGCUGACGGAGGUUGGAAGAAGUUGCUCAGGCUUACAGGAACCUGGAGCUAAAUCACAGCUUGUCCACAGAAAGACCUUUAGGAUGGGCGAGCUGAGCUGCAUGCCAAGUCUGUAUUUAUAGCAUGUUUACAGAAGAGGAGAGGGGAAUGUUGGAAGAGGGAAGUGUAAAUAACCACCAAGGUAGAUCUGUCGUGUUAGAGAAGCCAAAAGAAAUGGGAUUUCACAUGUUCAUCAGAAAUGGAGUGUCUCUGCUCCAAGCUGUGAGAUGUCCCCUCUGUCUGUAUGGCUCUGUAUGUGCUGGUGAUGGCCAGGGGAUGAUCCCAGGGGAAGCAGCAAGGCCCUAACCUGUGGCAUUAUGGCAACUCUGCCCUGUUCAUGAGCGCUGCAGUAUUCAGCAACCUAAGAAGCUUCUCUAAACUCUGAAGGUAGAUACUUCAGCUGGUGCUCAGUAUUAAAAUGCUAUCUUCACCCAGUCCGUUUGUUAUUAAUGCAAUAUUUAUGCAGAUUCAACUAUUCUGCUCGUAUCCUCUUUGUAGAGGACAAAUAUUGCUGUGGUCAGCAGUCGGUACAUCUCUGAUGGAUGUUGCUCUGCCAGUGUACUUCAGCACAGCUUGGAAGUGAGAUGGAAAGUGCAGCUCGGGCACAGCCAGUGCCUGGUUGCUGUGCUCCCUUCUCCCCAUUAAUGCUGGAUAAGGCUAAAGCACCUGUUAACAUCUGGCUUGCCAAAAAUCAGAAGAUCUCUUCACCUCUAGUCUAAUGGUCAGGUUUUUGAGUAAUUUCUCUUGCACCUUUCAUGUUGUUAUAGAAGCUAACAGAGUAAUACAGGCAUACCAUCGUGCAGCACAGUUCUUGGAUUGCACCAUGCAUAUGCUGAACGUACAGAACUUUGAAAUGGUAUUUCCCUGUAACUUGAAUCAUAGUUCUGAUAAGGUUUUGGAGCAAAACUUUGAAAUAUGGAUGUUAUCAUUCUUUUUGCUCGGCAUAGAAACACACCUGUAAUGCAGACCAGCUAUUUGAAAUGUUGAGAACCAGCAGCCAAAGUCUACAGAGCCCCUGUUGCUUCAGUGGGGAAGUUCCCUUUAUGGCUGCAUUAAGAAUUGAGUUCAGGUUUCUAAUUCCCCAGUUUUGCUGCAGAAUCCUGCAUGACCUUGAACAAGUCACUCGAUUUCUUUCCGUCUUGUUUUCCCAUUUGGGAAAUGAUGGGGCAAAUAAUUGUUUUUUAUCUCACGGAUAUAACAAGAUUAUAAAAAUAUGGUAGUUCUAAGACCCUGAGAAAACGGAUCAAAUGAAAUUAAACAGAUCUUGCAGUCCAGAUGAAAUGAGAUGAAACAAGCAUGAAACUAUUAGGGAAAGAAAUGUUUCUUUAUCUUCUACAAAUAAAAAUGCAAAGUGAUUAAGUGGCUCUUUUCUAGCUAUUAGCAAUAACAGCCCUAGCCAGCUGACUUUUGCCACCCUUGAAAAUUAAUUUGCGGGGUACAGUCUUGAAUUUAGUGUGCUUCCAAUAAAUACCCCUAAAAAUGUUGUCACCUCCUCCAUGCACCGUGUUAGUGCUGUGAUCAUACCACAAUUACUCGCCCUACAACUAAGAAGUGGCUGCUCUAAGUGAGAUGCUCUAGCAGAAUGGUUUGCAAAUUUAUUUGAAUUGAUUUUCUCUUUUUCCUUCUGCAGUAUUUCCUUCCUUUAUUGUACAUCCAGCAGUAUUUUCGGAAAGAAAGGAGAAGGAAUGGAAAUAGUGCUAAAGGUUAUUGUUAGCCAGGCUGGUUUCGGAGCUCUGGUGUGUCACCAGCAACCCUGGCUUGGAUGCAGACCAGGGUAGGGCUGGCAUGGGGCUGGAGAUGGGGCUGGAGGUGGCUGUGUGUGCAUGGAGAGGAGGAAGACCCCAGCUUCAGAG